CCAGGGCACCAUAUUGAACCAUUGUUUUGAGCCAAACAUUUGUUCUUUUACUAGUUUGUUUUUCUGAUUAAAGAAGCCACAGCUUGAAUAAGAAGACCGAAUCCAUCCUCAGACGGUAACAAUGAAGCUAACGGAUAUCAAAAAGUUAAAAGUGGCGGAGCUGCGGUCCAGACUUAAAGAAGUUGGGUUGGACAGUAAAGGACUGAAGGCUGAGCUGGUGGACAGGCUGUGGACUGCUUUAGAGAGAGGACAGAGUGGGAAAGACGAUGAAACGCGGGUCAAACUACAACAUGACAGCUCACCGACACCUUCAGCACUGACGGAGACAGUGGAGGUCCGCACUCCGCCCUCAUCACCACCGACCGAAGCGUGUGUUACUGCACCACAUCUCCCAGGCCGCACCAGAGAGUAUACGGACAUCGGUACACAGACUGAGACUGAUACCGGUGUAACUACACUCCAACACGGCUUUGAGUCUGUUGCGGAGUCCGUGACGGGGUGUCAGGCUGAGAGAGGAGAAGGGGAUGGUCCUGGGGAGGACAGGAGAGCUCUGUCAUCAGAGGAGACGGGAAGGGGGAGAGCUUUCUACGAGUUCAAAGAGGAGAUACGAUACAAAAGAGCCAAAUCACCACAACUUCCACCGGACACAGAGGAGGCAGAGGAGAAGGAUGAGGAUAAAGUCAGACUAGAUCCAUAUGACAGUCACCUCCAUUUUGAGGUGGGUCCUGAUGGAUCCUGUGGGCAGCCGCGGUUCUGGGAUCAGUUCCCCUCACUGUGGUCAGGCUCAAGACUCACCCACGGGGUUCUGCAGGGCAGGGUGGGCUUUGAAGUCAGGCUGGAGAGGAAGUUGUUGACUGCACAGCUAGAAGAACAAGAGGUCAUGGAGCCUUCUGGUCUGAGAGUGGGCUGGUCACUGGCCGACACCUCUCUGCUGCUGGGUGAGGAUGAACUCUCUUUUGCUUAUGAUGGGUGCAGUAAAAAAGUGACAGGUGGCAAGGAGGAGGAGUUUGGAGAACCUUUCUCAGAGGGGGAUAUCAUUGGCUGUUACGCUUCUUUCUCUACAGAUGGUGCCGUUCAACUGUCUUUCCAUAAGAACGGUCGUUUCAUGGGUGUAGCCUUUUCCCUGAGUGCCUCUGUGCUGCUGGGUCGUCCCCUGUUUCCUCACGUGCUCUGUAAGAGCUGCUCAGUCAGACUCCUCCUGGACCCCACAACUCCUCCCUGGUACCCCAGCCCUCCAGGUUUUACACCUCUGGCAGCUCUCCCUGCUGGGCAGAGGGUGCGCUCUACACUGGGCCCUUCUUCUAGAGCACAGUGUGAGGUGUUGUUGAUGGUGGGUCUUCCUGGUUCUGGGAAGAGCCACUGGGCCAGGACUCACAUGAAGCAGCAUUCAGAGAAACGUUACAAUCUGCUGGGCACAGAGGAGCUGCUCGCGUGUAUGAUUAGUGGUGGACAGAGGGACAGCAGGCUGCGGCAGGCCUCUCAGUGUCUAACUGAUUUAAUCAAGAUAGCUGCUCAGACUCCUGGCAACUAUAUCCUUGACCAGUGUAACAUCCUCUUCUCGGCACGCCGUCACAAGCUGCAGCUGUUCACAGGCUUCAGGCGGGUGGUGGUGGUGGUUUUUCCAUCUGCAGACGAAUGGAAAAGACGACUGGCACAGCACCAGACGAACAACAGAGAGGAGAUCCCAGAAAUCGCCCUACUCAAGCUCCAAGUGAGCUGCAGUCUUCCAGAGCCACAGACUGACCUGCUGGAGGAUCUGCAGUACAUUGAGCUGCCUCAGGACCAGGCACAGACGCUCCUGCAGGAAUACAAAGACUGUGCUCGCAGACUGCUGCCCCCCAUCCCCAAACAGGAGAAGAAGAAACCCCGACUUCACAAGAAAAGACCCCACCCUCACGGCCUUCCAUCUUCACAUAGGAUCCAGUGGACUGGGAUAAAGGGGUGGAACGACCCAAGACUCAACAUGCAGUCAUGGAACCAGCACCCAAGAUACUGGAACGUGGCUUAUCAGGACCAGAGCUACAGCUACAACAGAGACUUUGGUUACAGCGGUUAUGAGGGUUACUGGUGAAGAAACCAGUGCUGCUACAUUACCUGUGUUUACAAGGACAAAAGGUCUAUUGAUCAGUCAGCUGAUU